UUUUAUGCACAUGUGCACAUGCGUGUUCCAUGCAUGCGUGGACCAAUCACAUCGAACCACGAUGUGCGUGUGCGUCAGCCUUGUGUUUUGCAUGUCAGAAAUGAAUUUAUUUUGAUUUUUCUAGUAUCUCCUCAGAUCAAAAUGUAUCAGGGCGAUUUUACCACGUACAGUAUGGACUUGGUAAACAGGAACGUGCUGAUGAAACUAAGCCCAUAUUUGAUAUUCUUAGUGCUCGAAUUGUUCUUCAAAGUUUCAGAAUGUAUCACACAAUCGGAGAUAGAUAAGCAUCUAGAAUUAGGCAAACAGUAUUUAGCCAAAGGACAACUAGGGGAUGCAUUAAGUCACUAUCACCUGGCUGUAGAGGGUGAUCCUGAUAACUACCUCACAUAUUUUAAAAGGGGUACUGUUUAUCUUGCUUUGGGAAAAGCCAAGAAUGCUUUGAGUGAUUUGGAUAGAGUGCUGGAGCUAAAACCAGAUUUUACUGCUGCUAGGAUAAGUAGAGGCAGUAUCCAUCUCAAACAGGCACACUAUGAUUUGGCACAGUUAGAUUUCUACAAUGCUUUAAAAACGGACCCUUACAAUGUUGAAGCAAAUGAUCUCAUCCAGAAAAUCGACCCGGCGAAAGAACGCAAGCGUACCGCCGAGUACUACUAUGGACGUGAUGAUUACGCCAGCGCCAUACAUUACCUAAACGAAGCCAUUGAAAUCAGUCCUUGGGCCACUGAACUAUACGAGUUCAGGUCCGAGCUCCAUAUGUUGAAUGGAGACGAAAUCGCCGCUAUAUCGGACAUAAAAGCUGCGACCAAACUUCAAAGUGACAACACCUCAGGUUACCUAAAACUAGCUAAAAUGCUGUACAAAGUAGGGCACGCCACAGAAGCGCUUAAAUCGGUCAGGGAGUGUCUCAAACUCGAUCCUGAACAUAAGGACUGCUUUCCCUUCUACAAGAAAAUCAAAAAGAUAGAAAAAUUCAUCGUCGAUGCAGAACAGGCAUUGGAAGUGAAAGAUUACGGCGAAUGCGUCGAAUCUGCUAAGAAAAUUCUGAAAAACGAGAAAGAUGUACCGAAUAUAAUUUAUGAGGGAAAUAGGCUGCUGUGUACGUGUUAUUCAAAUAACGAACAAUCUUCCGAGGCGGUAGCGGCGUGCAGUGACGCUUUGAAGUUCAACGAUGAUCCUAACGUGUACUGUGAUAGAGCCGAGGCGUACCUGCAGUCUGAGUUGUACGACGACGCCAUUAGGGAUUUCAGGUCUGCCUUAGGGGUGGAUUCGCAUUUCGACCGAGCCAAAGAGGGUCUUCAGAAGGCCGAGAGUAGACAAAAACAAGCGGAGAAAAGGGAUUAUUAUAAGAUCCUGGGCGUGAAGAGAACAGCAUCUAAAAAGAAAUUACGAAGGCAUAUAGAAAAAUGGCGCAAAAAUGGCACCCGGACAAUUAUCAGAAUGAUGAGAAAAUGAAGAAAAUUGCAGAGAAAAAGUUCAUUGAUAUAGCUGCAGCUAAAGAGGUUCUGACAGACGAAGAGAAAAGGCGGCAGUUCGACCAAGGCGAAGACCCGCUGGAUCCAGAAUCUGGCAAGCACGGUAGCAACAUGCCGAACUUCCAGCACUUCCAAACUUUCCAUGGGAGUCCGUUCCAGUUCAAAUUCCACUUUAACUAGAUAGGUGUAAAUACUAGUGUGAGGCUGUGCGCAGACUAAUCAAGCUAAACAAUUUUCAGUUUAGUCUCAUCAGGAACGAUUAGUAUCUGAUACAAUCGCUUUUAUUAGCUCUGUAAGUGAUAUAGUAAAAUUCAACUCGCAUAAAAAUCAAACGCGGCGUAAGGCGGCAUUUUCUUGAGCGCAUCAAGAUUGAGUGAUUUGGAGCUUGAAGUUUUUCGUCAGCGACUGUGAUCAUCAAUUCUGUUAUUGUUGUAGUGGAUUUUGUAGUUGUUAACGAUAACUUUUCUUUUGAGUCCGAUUGAACGAGUUCUGAGGUCCGACCGAAUCCGACUUCUCAGUCCACUCGGGUCCGAUGGAAGAAAAAUGUAAAAGCGUUGCACCCCAUCGCGUUUGUUCUGCAGACCGACGCAUUUUUUCAAAAAACUUGCAGUCACUUGUCAGUACAGUCUUCCGUUGAGUGUUGCCGAACCUACCGUUUUUCGGUAUUACUACCAAAAUGGAACCUUAUUUACCGAAAUAGCGAAAACGUUAUUUACACGAUUUUUUAAAACAAUUCAGAUAUUUCUAGAUUUUUACCGAAAAAGUGCUGGAACUAAAAAUAAAUCUAAAAAAUGAAUUAUGUGUAGUUGUAUGCCCCAUAUCAAUCAUACAUACAGGGUGUCCCAGAAGUCGACGUCAAGCCGAAACCGGGUGAUAGGCAAAGUCAUAACAGCUAUCAGAAAAAUAUUUAAAAAAAAUUUAUGUAUGUGUUUUGAAAAUUAUAGGUCUUUGAAAAAAAUAUAGAAAUUUCACACCCUACGGCAGUCUGACAACUCCUGUUACUACAAAUAUUAACUUUUUUUGGCUUUAUUUUUACAAUGUAAUGAUGAAUAAUGCAUCUUCAAACUGGUGUCUCAAC